UGGAACGUUAAGACAGUCAAAUUGGUGGAACCCAGAUAGACUUGUAUCGUUUUUAGGCCGGACAGAUAUGCACGCUGGACACGUUACUUCCGGUGUUUGUGUGGAUGGCGGAAUUCUGUCACAACCUUGUGAAAUAUAUUUAAUGCCGAAAUGGCGGAUUUAACAGAGGUUAACAAACACCGUAGUGUUAAUCCAGUGCAAUAGGGCACAGUUGUUUUCACUUCAAGUUUAUUUUGUAUUUGUUUGUAAAUAUGACUGAAUUUGGUCCAGAUUCCGGGGGGCGCGUCAAGGGAGUAACUAUUGUGAAGCCUAUUGUGUUUGGAAAUGUCGCCCGUUACUUUGGGAAGAAGAGAGAGGAGGAUGGACACACUCACCAGUGGUCUGUGUAUGUGAAGCCUUACAGAAAUGAGGAUAUGUCUGCCUAUGUGAAGAAGAUCCAGUUCAAGCUUCAUGAGAGCUAUGGCAACCCCCUGAGAGUGGUCACUAAGCCUCCGUAUGAAAUUACAGAGACAGGAUGGGGCGAGUUUGAGAUCGUCAUUAAGAUCUUCUUCAUUGAUCACAAUGAGAGACCUGUGACUCUGUACCAUCUGUUGAAGCUGUUCCAGUCAGAUUCCAGUGCCAUGCCAAAGAAGACGGUUGUCUCUGAAUUCUACGAUGAAAUGAUCUUUCAGGAUCCCACGGCCAUGAUGCAGCAGCUUCUCACCACAUCAAGACAGCUCACUCUGGGAGCAUACAAGCAUGAGACGGAAUUCAGUGAGCUUGAGCAGAAGACAAAGGAGAAAAUGGAUGGUGCAAAGAAGAGAACGAGUCAGGAGAUCACCGAGUUGAAAGACAAACUGAAAGCCAGCCGAGAAAACAUCAACCACCUAAAGGCAGAGAUCAGGAAACUGGAGGACGAUGGAGAACAUAAGGAGCACUGAGAAAUGUUGAUUUGGUGUUUGGAUCUACAGUAAAUACACAAUAUGUUGUUUUUCAUUCAUGUAUCUUCUGUUUUCUCUUUUCUGGACAUGUCACUUCUCUACCGAAUUAAUAUUAUUCAUUUUUGGUAAAACUCCACAAUGAAACAUUUUGAAUGACUGAGUUUACAUUGUAAACUUCUUUUUUUAUUUUUGUAAAAAGUAAACAUACCAACAACACUGUCAGUUUCUUGUUUUUUACUUAUUCAGGCUGGAUGACAUUCAUAAAAGAAACGUUUGGUACAUUUUUGAUGACUUGAUUGUUUUGUGUUAUUAACUGGUAAACAAUUUGUGUAAGGUUUAUUGAGCAUUUGUAGGCUUUAUGUCAUACAAAUUAAAUAGAAACUGCAAGACUAAACAUAAUUAGUUCUGUUGAACUUAAAAUACUUCCCAUUAUAUCUGGCUCUUCAUAGUUUUUUCUUUAAAGUUCACCAAACCAAACACCAAACUUACCAUUUUUAAGUAAAACAGAAAGCACGAAGUACCCAGAUUUCCGAGGGUCUGUGAACCUCUCACAGGAAGCCCGAGUAGCGUUUGCUGACCAGACUUUGUAACUGUAGGACUCGUGCAAACUUUGUGUAAUUUGUCCGUCUGUUUGAAGUCUCAAAGAAAUAAUGUUAAAAUACAGAGACCUGACAUGGAAACUGGGUUGUUCAAGCCCGUCCGGCUGCUAUUUGUUUACAAGUGUAAGUUUAAUCGGGGCAGCACGCGGUUGAGUCUAUUCGGAGUAAAUUACCUCCAGGUGUCCUUCGUGCGGUGGAGAAACUCGAGGUGUGAUAGCGGUGGUGAAUCCAUGGAGAAGCAACCGGCAGACCGAGCGGCACCUGAUGAGAGAACAGGCCUGGUGAAGGAUGACGGCAUGCCUCCAGGUGCAGAGGGUGGAGAGGCAGAUUCCCAAAGCCAGAGGAAGAGAAGCUCCUCUCGAAAGAGUUUCCGUCUGGACUACAGACUGGAGGAGGAUGUCACAAAGUCCUGCCGAGACAAACAGGGCCGCUGGACAAACCCCUGGCCCACAUGGCGGUUUCCCUCUUACUCCAUGCUGCUGAGGUUUCUGCUGUUGGAUAAAAAUCACAGUAAUGUGCCAACAAGUGAAGAGGCCCUGGACAGCGAGCUCCCGGUGAUGGAGCCCUACUUUGUCCACAGUCCACACCUCUCUGGUGCCCUCCAGGGGAUGAGGGUCACCUGGCUCGGUCACGCUACAGUUUUGGUUGAAAUGGAUGGCUUAAAUAUUCUCACAGACCCAAUCUUCAGCCAGCGAGCGUCACCGUUCCAGUUCAUGGGGCCCAAAAGGUACCGAGGGCCCCCCUGCACCGUGGAACAGCUGCCCCGGAUCGAUGCGGUGGUCAUCAGUCACUCUCAUUACGAUCAUCUGGACGCUGGAUCUGUGGCCAGCCUCAACGCACGCUUCGGAGGGGAGCUACGCUGGUUCGUGCCCCUGGGCCUGAUGGACUGGCUGGCCAAGGCGGGCUGUGAGAACGUGAUGGAGCUGGACUGGUGGGAGGAGAACUGCGUCCCCGGUCACGACGAUGUCACGUUUGUGUGCACGCCCUCGCAGCACUGGAGCAAGCGCACGGCCUGGGACGACAACAGGACCUUGUGGAGCAGCUGGUCUGUUCUGGGUCCGGGCCACCGGUUCUUCUUUGCUGGCGACACCGGCUACUGUUCCUCCUUCCAGGAGAUAGGACGACGCUUUGGGCCGUUUGACCUCGCAGCCAUCCCUAUUGGAGCAUACAGACCCAGGGACGUGAUGCAAGGUCAGCAUGUAGAUCCAGAGGAGGCUGUUCAAAUCCACCAGGACCUCCAGGCCAGGCAGUCUGUAGCCAUACACUGGGGGACCUUUGCCCUCGCCUACGAGUACUACCUGGAGCCGCCGGUUCUUCUCAGAGAGGCUCUGGAAAAAAGAGGACUGAAGCCAGACUCUUUCUUCACUCUGCAUCACGGCGAGUCUCGUCUGCUGGCGGCACAGGAGGGAGACGUCUUCAACUGAGGGCCGAGUUUGGAUUUGUGUCUGAAAAAGAAGUGUACACAUUUGUUUAUCCUUGGUUGACAGACUGUAGAGUGUGUAAUGCAUCCUGGAUGGAAAAGUGUGCAGCUGGACUCACCGCACACCACUUUAUCACUUGGCCUUCGAGUGAUGUCAUCCGUAGAAGCAGAUUACUGAGGGUUGGAUUUGUUUGAGCUACAAAAAAAAACAGAGAAAAUUAAAUUGUGUGAAUUAGAAUUUGUUCUUAGUAAAGAUUAGACUUUGAGAUGUACACCAGAGAACUUAAAAAGUCAUUAAAUUUUAGAUUUACAAUUAGAUUACAAAACAAGACAUUAACUGUGGUACCAUCUUGAAAAAUCUGCAUAAACCAGAAGAUAACAUCCAUUUGUAGUUUGUGCUCUUCACAUGGAGUUUUGGUGUCAGCACGGCCUCCAACACCUUUUACCACUGAAGAACAAGGAAAUACACUUUUACAGACCCAAACAGCAUUUUGUACAACAUUUUACCAACAGCUUGUCAGCAGAAGGCUGACAUGGAACCAAAAUGCUGUUCAGACUGAAGCUAAACCGGUCUGAUCUGGUCCUUCUGUGAGGACGCAGAAAGCAUGGCGCAGUUUGUAGUUCACACAGAGUGAGUUUCUAUCUUUUUUUUCCUCUGCAGAAACUGGUGCUGUUAAAGAGAAUGUGCUGUGGCCAAUUCAGAACCGAGAGACACAUAUUUAUUCACACCGUCUGCCACGUUGCCAAUAGGGAAGAGAGCAGCUGUAGUGUUGGAGACGUUGAGCUGGGUUCAACCGAAAGCUUCAGAUGUUUUGAAUGUAAAAAACAGACAGCACAACAUUGAGCUCAUAUUCUGCCUAAUCUGUGUAAAGCUAAGCUGCCUGUUGUGGUUUACACUCGAUCAUGAGAAGUGAAUAUCUCAUUAAAUAUACUUUGAGAUUCAACUGUUUGCUGUGUCAUAUGUCAGCUGUAAUUAAGAGCGAAUCUUCAGCCCGUUAUGUGGCUUUGUAUCGACAUUUCACUUUAAACUCCAGUAAAAUCACUUUUGUGAAUCCCUUUGCUU